GCCUCAGCCCCGCGGUCCGCCUCAUUCGCUGAGCAGGUCCAUGAAUUGUCAACGCGUUCCGGGCGGCCGCUGAGCCGGGGCGCCCGCCGGGCUUGUCGUGCUCUCUCGGAGGUGCCCGCCCGAACCGGUGUGCAGGGUUCUCUAGAACGAGAGCAGUCGCUGGUUCGGGGCAACUUGGGAUUCAGGACCCGCAGCAGGGGCGUCGGUUUGGGAUCCGGACUCAGCAAGGAGGAUGGAAAUCCUCUAUGAACGUGGAAGCCAUUAGCAGAGUAAUUGCUGUCUGUUACCAUGACAACCAGCCGCUGCAGUCACCUGCCCGAAGUGUUGCCAGACUGCACCAGCUCGGCUGCGCCUGUGGUGAAGACCGUGGAGGACUGUGGCAGCCUAGUGAAUGGGCAGCCACAGUAUGUCAUGCAAGUUUCGGCCAAGGACGGGCAGCUGCUGUCAACAGUGGUGCGGACUCUUGCCACCCAGAGCCCCUUCAAUGACCGGCCGAUGUGCAGGAUCUGCCAUGAGGGCAGCAGCCAAGAGGACUUGCUCUCCCCCUGUGAAUGCACGGGGACCUUGGGGACAAUCCAUCGGAGCUGCCUGGAGCACUGGCUGUCAUCCUCAAACACCAGCUACUGUGAACUCUGCCACUUCCGGUUUGCAGUUGAGCGCAAACCCAGGCCGUUAGUGGAGUGGCUCCGAAACCCAGGCCCCCAGCAUGAGAAGCGGACUCUGUUUGGAGACAUGGUGUGCUUCUUGUUCAUCACGCCGCUGGCCACCAUCUCGGGCUGGCUCUGCCUGCGGGGAGCUGUGGACCACCUGCACUUUAGUAGUCGGCUGGAGGCCGUCGGACUGAUUGCACUCACUGUGGCACUCUUCACCAUUUACCUCUUUUGGACACUAGUGUCAUUUAGGUACCACUGUCGAUUGUACAACGAAUGGCGUCGGACCAAUCAGAGAGUGAUUCUCCUCAUCCCAAAGUCUGUCAGCGUCCCUUCUAACCAGCAGUCCCUGCUGGGCCUCCACUCUGUCAAGAGGAACUCAAAGGAGACCAUUGUCUGACGUCCGUGUGGCUGGUUUGCUGACUCGUUGUUUGGGGUUCUGGAAGUUUCUGCACUGGGGCCAUGCACUGAGCCACCUCCAAACCCUUCCUGAAGCCGUAGGUCUCGGGACAUCCAGAGCCGUGGGAGCACCUCACCCCGAGCAAUGGACUUGGCCCCAAAGAAAGCAACGCCAUUUCACUUGGAAUCAUGGAUGCUGCAGUCACGUGAUACUUGCUGAGCUGCCAAACGUGCUUACUGACCAGAUACUAUAUGAAAUUUCCUGAACACCUCUGUAACAGAUGAGGAAGCUUGUCCUGCUAAAGAUGCAAUUCAAUGCUUCCUUUUUUAUUACGAUUUCAAAUAUAUAUAUAUAUAGAUAUAGAU